AGCGGGCAUUGGAAUUGGUAGCCAUCAAUGAACAACAACGAAGCUCUAGCUCUUCGACAGACUUCCUCUCAAGUAGAGCAAACCCUUAUUCUAUGCUCCUCUACCAUCUGGUGAACCUGAUUUUUGCGCAGCUUUUCUUCACUUUUUACCUCGCCCGCGUGCGGAACUUCCUGCACGGGAUUGAGGCGUACAACGAUUACGAGCUCGACGAAGCGGGGCUGAUUGUGCGAGAACUAGCGGCCUCUGAACAACUUUUUCGGGCGAAAUUUCGGCGGCUGAAACAGCAGGCAAAUUUGGAUAUUGUUCAGACAGCUACCGGAGUGUUAUCGGGCGGGGGAGCUCCACGACGUCCUGGGUGUGCUAGAGGUGGAACCGCAGAAUUCCUUGCGACCAGUGCGUUAUUUACGAAAACGGAAAAAACGCCACACAACUUCGUAGCUCCGCGAAGUUCUACUCACGCACGGAGACGCACAAGCUUCACAUCGGCAACAUCUUCUGUGUGCGGAACAACGAAGCUUCCUUCAGCUCUGGCGGAAAAAUGGCGCGAGUGGCAGGAGCAGCGAACUCCUCUGGCGGAAGCCAUUCCACCGGCGCAACCUUCGUCGGAACAGGCAUAGGCUAUUUGCCGGCGUCGCAAACAGCAACGUCUUCGUCGUCAUCGUCGACUUCCCCGAUAAGCGGAGGUUCUCGUGGUGGAGCAUUUCCUGCUUCUUUUUCCACCACAUCUGCAGGGUCACCGGCCGCUACCUUCCCUUCACCGUCCUGGAGUAGUCUAGUCGCAGGAGGAGCAUCAACUACAAGCGGAACAAUGAGCAAGCAGAGUCUAGUAUCUGCCUCCGCUCGAGCGUCGUCCGUGCUAGGUGGAGGACCAGGCGGCUCAGCAUCAUCUUCCGCGGCUCUUAGCAAAAUGCAGCUUCUGGCCUCGAGUUCUACUUCGGCAUCUUCGUCUUCUUCAUCAGGAGCAGGAGGUGCUGGUGCUGGUGGCCCACUGGAAACUUUAUAUGAGGAGGAAGACGGGGGGCGAGAUUUGAGCUGGGAAUUUCCGCUAACCGCGGUGGAGACAAGGGCGCGCCUGUUUGAUGUCAUUGAAUUCGAAAAUGGCACCUAUCGGGAGGAGCUGCAGGUACUGGAAGUAGAACUUGUUAUUUUACACCGAUAAAGUGACGAGCGCUCCGUGGUCCGUGGUGCGCAGGAGCAAAUACAAAUUUGAUAUCAUUUCUUAUUAUGAAACUUCAGAUGAACGAGGAGCUGAUCCGGGGCUUGCUGAGAGGUCCACCUCUAGAGGUCGACCUCUACAGGUCUUGUCCCAAAACCGCCUACAGAUUGCGACCCAAAAGUCAUUUCUUUCUGCUCAUACAAGAACACUACGUGGUUUGUCUGCUUUGCAAGCAGGCCUGUGUUGUUGUUCUUCUUGCACGCGCGACCGGCCUGCCGUCUCGAAGACGGAAGCAAAAAAGCGACCAAUCUCGCGCGGGUUGGGAGGGGCACAGAAACAACCACCGGAAUGCCUGUCGCGUUCAGGCGGUGAAGGCAGGUGGGGCGGCCGCCUACUUUCAUAAAUAUUCUUUCAUCAGCUUUGCAUGUAAGUAGUAAAAAAAGGUAGAGGAUCUGGACCAAGUAAGCGCGCUGCUGCAGGGGUGCCUGCUACUGGGAAGCAAAAGGCGUGGCGGAGCCCUGCUACUACAGCGGUGCGCGCGAUUUACAAAUAGCGCCAGCAGGUGCGCAGCGGUUCACAGGGUUGCAGCUGUGUUGUAUGUACCAAGCGACCACCGUGACCCCUACCUCCACAAACCGCAGCUACAGGUAGCCGAAACGUAUGUACCCCGAAGAGCGGCACCCUGGCCCUAGCUGCGCGGGGGUGGAUGCAAUGAUGUGAAAACAGAGAGGGCGGUCGCACCUGCUGCGGAUUUCUAGUCCCCAGCCGAUAGGGGGCGCGCCUGUCACCGAAUGCAACGAGAACAACCUGGAGGGCGCGCGCUUAUUUUCUGCCUCGAUUGCUGGGCCCUGCCCCUGCUUCUCGUUCUGGCACUACAGGCGCCGCCCGGGCCAAGCGUUCUAAGUUUUGGGCUGCUGCUGGCGGUUUGCGCCAGCGAGUUUUCUUUUGGGUUUUUCUUCUCUUUGUCUUUUGUUCGUGCUUUUGCGAGCAUCGGAUACCUGAAGUACUUACACACUUUGCUGCAUUGCCUUUUGCUGCUUGGCAGGACAACUGAAGUUUUUUUCGUGCGUCGGCUGCCCUUCCCGCCAAAACCCCUCGCCAAGAAGGCGCCUUCCCUUCGGCCAAGCUUCUUUAUCUAGCCGCUCCCAGGAGAUCUAGUUGCUGCAGUGCUAUUGUUCUAUUGUUAUGUGCAGAUCCCCGCGCCGCUGUGUCUGCACUGCGGCGCGAGCCCCAAAUAUGAUUUCUUAUUAUGAAACUUCAGAUGAACGAGGAGCUGAUCCGGGGGUUGCUGGAUGCACCGCUCGUGCUACAUGCGGCAGGCACAGGCUGCUCCGCCCGAGGCCGCCCGCCGGCCCUUUCUGAACAUGCGGCGUGGCCCCGAUCACAGGCUUGUGGGCAAAUGCUUCGCGCAUGGGCUCGCCCUCGAGAACAAUGCGCGGCCCACACAGAUUUUCUGUCCCCAACACCCCCAGGCCCGAACCUGUUUACUGGGCAGAAAGAAUCGCGGGAAGCGCGCUGCUGUGGCCUUUGGCUGUCUGAACCAACGCGGCCUGGCGUGCCUGCAGCGAGCCCUCCCCCCGCAACCUGGGAAGCAACGCAGGCCGGCUACGUGCACAGAUUGCGCUCGUUCGCCCGCUGGCGCUGCCCGUGGUUGUGGCCACUCCAAGCGCGCGCCCGAGGAUGCAUGGCGCGCAAUCUUUCCCGGCGCCCUGAUUCGAGACGCUUGGCAGAGUAGGACGGCGCGCGCAUUUCCUUGGCAGGGGCUGCGGUCAGUGGGCCUUUCUUGGAACGGUGGAGGGUCUGGCACUGGCACGGGUUCAGAAUAUGACUGCCCCGCUCGCAAGCGCAAAGCCCUGCAGGGUCUGUGCGUCCGCGGCUGGAACCGCACGUAGCCGGAGGGCUGGCCCUGACUCUAGGUCUGGGCCUCGCGGUUGGGCGGGGGUGUUGCGCGCAAUGAAUGUGUUUCGUCGGGCGCGAGCUUUGGCUUUUGCCGAAGGAAUCGCCGGCCCGCCUUUGGCCGGAGGCCAAAUGGUUUGCCUAGGACGGCAGCCGCGGGCACUUGCAGUGCUUUUUAAGGGUCAGCAGCAAGAGCGAGAGCGGCGCGGCCCCCGCCGGCCCGGCCCGUAAUAACGCAGGCGCCGGGGCCAGCGUAUUUCCCCCGCGCUUUUGCAUGUGAAUGGAAGGGCAGAGGCGGCCGGCUCUCUCGUUUGGGUCUUGUGCCUGACAAGCUGCGGCGUGUGCUCGGUUGUCAAAAAGGGGCGACUUUCGUGCUACUAAUUUCAUUCCAUUGCCAUUCCCGAACCUGCGCUGCGUCACGUUUGGUGUUGCAGAGCCAUUAUCCAGAUGGGCGCCGUGCGCGCCCCGACCCUUCAGAACCCUAGUCCCCUUGCGCGCUCUGGUUCUCUAGUUAUGUGGAAUAUUUCGCGCCGUUGUGCGCCCUCCACGGCGGCGCGAGCCCCAAAUAUGAUUUCUUAUUAUGAAACUUCAGAUGAAUGAGGAGCUGAUCCGGGGGUUGCUGGAGGAGAACAAGAAACUGACAGAGGAUUUGCGAGCCCUGGAGGACGACGCCUUGGAGCAGUUGCAGCAUAGCAAAAAGGAGCAAGAGGCGGAUGUGGUACCGUGCUUGAAGAUGCCGCAGUUCUUCUUUUUGGUGUUGAUUUGCAUUGUUUUUGGUAGAUCAAUUUAUUACCUCGUCCAGGCAGCACACACUAAUUGACCAGAUUGUUCCCUGCUUUCAAUACAAAUUCUAAUUGAUGAAAUUUCAAUUUACGAAAAAACUUCCAGGAGCAGCUCCGCGCCCAGACCAUCGCGCUGGAGAAAACUUUGUCCACCGAGAGAUCCUUGAAGGAAUCGCUGCAGCAAACCACUGCGAUGCAGCAGCAGAAGCAGCAGAGGGAUCUCGAGCAGAAAGAGCAGGAGGUGCUGAAGUGGAAACAGAAGUUGGAGCAACACGAAGAGAUUUUGAAGCAGACGAAGGAAAAAGUGGAAGCGAAGAACCACAAGGCGGAAACCGAGCAGGUCCGGCGAACGGAAUUGGAACGGAAGCUGCAGGACCGGGCGAAAUCUAUGACGUGCAAAAGUACCGUUAGUAGUAAUUGCAAUACAAAUUCACGCAGCAUGACAAAUGGAAUCUGUCAUGCUGUUUUACCUUGGGAUGGAGAUUUGUAAUGCAUGGCUGCAAUUACUAUCAGUGCGGUAGCGGUACUUUUGCAGUAGAUAAAAUCCGAAACCGUGCAAAAGAACACACUGCGGGACUUGGAGCAGCGUUCGGGCGAGCAGAAGAAGACGAUCAAGAAUUUAAGAACGAUGUUGGAGGAGAAGGAGAAGGAGAAUGUGAAGCUGAAAAACGACUUGAAAAAAGUGGAGAUGAAAAGCUUGCAAUUAGUGCACCAGCACCAGCAGCAGCCGAAGAGUUCUUUAUUGCUGUCUUCAAAGAGCCUCUCAGGCAGUGCGUCGAUGUCCGCUUUACCGAGAGCAGAAGACGUCGGGAUCUUAGGUGGAACAACGGGGGGAUUUGUGGCAGCUGCGCACCAAGACCCGGACGCAAGCUCCUCCAUCCCGAGUGAGGCGCAAACGCCCCGUGCGGUUGUUAUAGCCGGCGUAACAAGUAGUAGCACUACGACCAGCAAGCAAAGCAAGAAUGCCAGGCGGAACGCCAGAAGACGCAACAGCAUCAGCGCGUUGGAUCACGACCAGGAUUUCGGGCUGGACCGACGACAGACGACUGCAGGUGUAGCAGAGCCACAAGGCGACGGUCGUUUGCAAUUUCAAACAACCAGGUUGCAACUGGAUGCGGACCACGCUGGGGAGCAAGAACUACACCAACAGGCUUCCCACAGCCCAGCAGCCUCCAGCACACGGACUCCGGCAGCUUCAGCGACUAGUCGGAUGACCUGCAAAUUCAAGCUCUCUACUGCAUCCGUCGGUGGUGCGCAGGGGGCUAUUUCCCCGUUGAACAAGCCACUUGGCGCUGCUGGUGUAAAAGUCGAACAAGACGACGCAACUCCGAGCACGGUGGCGCCAUCAUCCACCCUCGCGUCACCGAGUCUGUCGUGUGGAACAAUCACCACAAACACGGCAAAACUUACCGGCAAAGCCGCAAAGCAGGUCUUGAAGAAGGGACGACAGAAAGGCAAUAAUAAAGCAGCCGCACUGAUGAAAAGGAAUGAAGCUCCUGUCGUGCUGCUGGGCAAGAAACCUGCGGGUAUAUCUCUUUCUAAGUACUACCGACCUCUUCGUGCGUUUGUGAUGAUCCAUGAUGAUCUCAACAUCUGCUGUCAACAAAAAUAUAUCGUUUCACUAUUUCAGGCUCAUCGACGGAUACCGCAGCUCACGAGGUCAUUACUGGGCUGCAAGCGUCGCUCAAACGGGAAAAGUCCCUGAAAUCCCUCGUGCUGGUGGUCGGUACGGUCCUGAUCCUGGGCUGCGCGAUCCUGAAUAGCUCGUUGCUCAAAUGAUUUUUUGAUGUUGAAGAUGUCCUGAACGCCAACUCGUCGCGGGAGGCCGACAACUUCUUUGAAUGAAUUAAAUUUUUUGAAUGAAAACGAAAUUGUUGAGAAGAUGAGAGUGGUUGUGUUGCCGCUUCGUCUCUGAAGACUGCGGGUAUGGGAGGAAUUCUUGCUUUGGAUAUUAGCACGCAUCGUCCUCUCAACUCACGACCACGUGUCGCAGUCGCUACAUCGACCUGUGAGUGUUGAAAUGAAUUCUUGCUUAUCUUGUUUUUUGUCACGGUUGCGACCACCGCUUUCUUCCAUUACUUGUACAGAUUGGCCGCGAAAUCCUCUGUCACCCUCCAGAGACGACCGGAAAAUAGAACAGCUUCUAGAAUGCCAAAUGCGAAUAAGUCCGAGAAUGCAUGUAUCAUCAGGUAACCGUAAGUAGAGGAGGAGGUAUCCUAUCGCUUCUCGUAU